AUGACGUCAUUUGCCGGCGUCUCUCUCGUCGGCGACGGCAAGGCUGUUGGUCACGCCAUCGACGUCUCCACGUCCAGCGGGUACCACCUGCUUGUGGUUAACCGCUACUCAUCCAUCAAAGACGUACCUAAUGGCACGGUGAUCGUUUCUCUCCCUUUCAUGGUAGGAGGACAUCGUUGGCACAUGUGGUUCUAUCCUAAUGGCGAACGCCCAGAGAGCGCCGACUCGAUAUCUCUCUUUCUACGUCUCGUUGAUGCAAAUGUUGCAGAGGCUCUGAACGUGCAGUCCAUUUUUAGUUUCGUUGACGAGCAUGAGAAGCAAGAUUCAGCACAUAUUCGUGCCAGCAAGCCAGACAACUUCUCUAGCUGUUCACGAAGUUGGGGUUACCCAAGUUUCAUGAAAAGAGACACUCUUGAAAAAUCAAAGCAUCUAAAUUAUAACUGUUUCACCAUCCGAUGUGAUCUCUCCAUUGUCACGGCCACUGAUCUCUUCAUCAAAGUACCCGCUUCUAGCAUAAAACAGCAUAUCAGUGGCCUCCUGCUGUCCAAGGAGGGCACAGACGUGACAUUCGUUGUGUCCGGUGAGAAGUUUGCUGCCCACCGGUGCGUGCUUGCAGCUCGGUCAGCUGUCCUCAAGGCGGAGCUGUUUGGAUCCAUGAAGGAGAGCACAAUAGCGAGUGUCAUAGAUGUAGAAGACGUGGAGCCAAGAGUGUUUAGUGCUUUGCUUAACUUUAUUUACACCGAUUCACUGCCCAAGAUGGAGAUAGGAAUGUUGGAGGAUGAAGGAGAAGCCCAAGAAGCAUUGUGGUUGCAACACUUGCUUGCAGCGGCCGAUAGAUACGCUCUCCAAAGGCUGAAAGCACUCUGUGAAGAAAAGCUGUGCACUCACACAAACGUGAGCUCGGUGACGACUAUUCUCACUCUAGCUGAGCAGCACAGCUGUUGUGGAUUGAAGGAGGCGGCAUCUCAGGUCGUCAUGGUGAUGGGUGUCCUGGAAAGUCUAGGUAUAUGA